UGAAUCUGACAACAGUUAAGAGGUUAAAAAUUUAUGUCGUAAAUAAGUAUAUUACAUAUUUCGUAAAAUAUGAGUACAAAAAAAAUUCAAGCCGAUGAAUACUCUCUGCAAUAUUACCGGAUAAAUGCACCGAUUGUAAUGCACUUAUUAUUUGAUUCGUUAACAUUAACAAUUGGUGACUAUAUGCAUGAAUCUGAAGAGGAAUAUUUAUCAGAAUAUCCAAAACAAAAGGUUUUAGGAGUAUUCAGAAACCUUCGGAAAGAAUAUCUUAAAAAUAUAGUAAGCAUAAUGAACGAAAAAGAGGAAGAAUUAAGAGAUUUACUAUUAAUACCACCUAACAUAUUAUUACCUGAAGAUAAGUUUUAUUCAAAAAUAUAUUCAGAAGAAGAUGUAAAACAAUUAAAAAAUGAAAUAGAUGAAUUAGAAAAAUUAUAUUUAACAAAAAAAGCUUGUAAAUGUACUUAUGAAAAAGAAUUGGAAACAUUAGAGAAUUUAUUAACUUCGUAUCAAAAUAUAAAUGGAUUUGCAAAUAAAUUAAAAAAGAUACAGAAAGUUGCAGAGAAAUCUAAAUUAAAAGAAAUGUUUAAUGUAUAUGAUAAGUGUGUGAGUGCUCUAAUGGAAAAUCUUGAUUUUGAUGUUGAAGAAUUAAAAUUUUAAAAUACAUUAAAUGCAUAUAUUAAUUUAAGAAGUCAUAUAUUUUUUAUCAAUUUAAUAUUAAAAAUUAAUGAGAAUUUACAAAAAAAGAUAAAAUAACUUAAAACUAAAUCUUAUAUAACAAUAGAAUUGCUUAUUAUACAUAAAUUAACUUAAAAUUAUAUUAUUCUCUAUUCUCACUUUAAAUAAACCUAUACAAAUUG